AUGACAAGCAAGAUCACCGCCCAAGUGGCCGUCGCGAUCUGGCUUGAGCAAAGUUCGCCUCCCAAAGUCUCGCCGCCCAAGUGGCCGUCGCGAAAUACUCUGUCAUUUUCCACCUCAGACACCCGCCGCCCAAGUGGCCGUCGCAAAGUAGUCUGUCAAUUUACUUGUGAAGCGAAAGAUCGCGUAUUUAUUGUUCGCGGAAGGUCAAAUUCUAAGCUCGCUAACAAAAUAACAAAACAACAGAGAGCAAGGUUUUGGACCUUCGAACAUUACGUUAAUUGGAUAUGUGAGAACACCGAGCCUCCCAUUUGGACCACAUGCAUAGAACAAUUUCACGAGUCUCUAUGUAUUAUAAAUAAAAUCAAAUCGACACCUCUUAGCGUUCGAGCAUAUGCGAAAAGUCUCAACGAAAUUAUGAAUCAACGACAUGGUAAAAAUCUUAGCAAGAACUUGUUACGUGCACAAACAAACAAAAAGGCUUAUGAUAAUGCCACAGAUGUUGUUAAUUUCAAAAGACAGGCAACACAAAAAAAAGUUUCCCAUGAGCAGAAAAAGAGAAGAACGGACAAUACGGACGAUGAACUAUCAAAGGAAACAAUAGGAGAACCAAGUUUCUUAUUCGAUGAGUCACAUGAGGAUGGUAUAGUUGAAUCCAUUGAUGAAUCCAGUUUGGGAAAGGAAGUGACAUUACCCGCUUCAAAAGAUUCAAAAAAGAAAGUUGAUCAAGGUGACUGGAAAAGCAUCUCUGCGAAAUUUACGAGUUAUCAAAAUAAGAUUCCCAAAACGCGUCGAAUUAUAACGUUAGGUUACUGGGGAAUUAUCGAUUUGACCCUAGAGAGUCUCCACGGUUGCACAGAGUUUUCCCAGGGCGAAAUUGACGUAAUUACACAAGAUUUUGCAGAUCACGUCCAAUGGUCUCCAAAACCAACUCCUAAAUACCUUCAAGAAUAUUUCAAAUCUAAUUGCGAUCCAUCUAAGAUUGAGAGGAUCGAAGAUUAUGAAACAUUUGAAAAUCUCCACAUGAAUAUUAGAUUUGCAAUAUGUCAUAUGCCUUCCACCAAGGGAGCUAAGACAGAAGAAUCACUCAAAUUCACAACGAUAUACCCUCUGUUUAAUGCAGUUUUAGACUCAUCAUUGGUCAAUGAUAUAUGGGGAGAGGUUCAAGCGAUUGGUUCUAAAGAAGCAAGAAACGAAGAUGCAAAUCCUUUUGUUAAGGCUCGCAUUGGAAGAAAGGUCGACAUGAAAGGAGUCUUGACUAGGACUUCAAAUAAAUUUGAAGCAUUAUAUGGAGAAGUUGCAGGCGGACUUUCUUCGAUUGGAAUCUCACUUGCUUCACGAAAAAAAAAAUUUUUUGAUAAGGUAAAGCUCGCCGUGUUGAUGAGAGAUUCACUCAAUCAAGUUCUUAAAGAAUGGAAAUAUUUGUGUGAUGAUCAGAGAAAAGAGCUCAUUGUAUAUGGAUGGACACUUGCAGGUUUAGACUUAUCUUUAUAUGCCAUGGAUUGGGCUGGAGAUGGCAUAUACCGUUUCGGGAGAAUUGAUUAUUGUUCAUUUCCAUCUAAUAAAGAAAGUUGUAUUUUAUUUGAAAGCGUCUUUUGCCUUCUAAAAGAGUUGGAAAGGAAAUUAUCUGAAACAGAAACAAUCGUCCAAAAGUUGCAUUCCGAAAACAUUCGCGGAAAAUGUAGGAAAACAAAUAUUCAAAAUAGUCCAAUUCUUAAUCUAAAAAGAACUCCUAAGUGA